ACAGUGACAGACAGUCUAUGACAAUAAUUGACUACAGAUUGUCAUGCACCAUGUAUGAAGUACCUUAUAAGUUAUAUCUUAUAGACUAUUGUGUUAUUGUUAUACACUUAAUAUACUUGUUAGUAUAACUUUUGUAUUUUUGUUCAAUUUAACAUGGGUGAAAAAAGAAGCACUUUACAUUCAUAUUUCAAAAAAAAAGUAAAAUUAAAUGAGGGUGAAGACAAUAUCAUUAUGUAUGCAAGCACAUCACAGUCAUCAGUCAAAUCUACAGAGUCCUGGGAAACAAAAUCAUCGAAUGAUUUAUGUGAACAUAGUACAUUUGUAGAGCAAAAGAAAUCUAAAGAUGCAAAUGAAGCAACAAUUAUCACUGAUCAUAGCCAAGUUGAACCGGAAGUUUGGCCACCAGAAUGGAGUGAGGGAAAUUGGAGAGAAAAAAUAGCAAAAUAUCCAUGGCUGAUAUUUCAUAAUAGAAAACUUGGGUGCAAAGUUUGUAAGGAGUUUGCUGAUUUUAACUCAUUUAGAAGUUAUAAUAUUGUUAUUGCUAAAGAAUGGAUUUCUUCUCAAGUUGAUGGAGGUGAAAACACAAAAAAAGAAACAAGGCUUGCUUUAUUACGGAAUAAAAUUAAAAAACAUAACUCCUCUGAAGCACACAAAACUGCCUUUAAUGUUUCAAUAGAAAAAAAAUUCUGAUAGACUUCCUAAUCUUUUUGAGGAAACUUCAUGUAAAAUAGACAAAACAACGCAUUCAAUUUUUCGCACAGCUUAUUAUAUUGCGAAAAACAAUCGUCCCUUUGAUGAUCAUUAUAAACUUUUAGAACUCCAAAAAAUCAAUGGACUACAAAUCGGUAAUACACUACAUUCAAGAUUUUCCUGUACCAAUAUAAUCGAUAACAUAUCAUAAAAAAUGAAGCAAAAAAUUAUCUCUAAUAUAAUAGAAACUGGAGCAAAAUGAGCAGAAUGUGAAAGAGGGUUGAGCUUAAUGAACAACAUAUGUACUAAACUAAGAGCAAGGCUUACCAUGAAGAAUAUUUCCAACUUAAUGUUUAUUAAUAUUAAUGGUCCUCCAUUAGAAAAAUGGGACCCCAAAGACUAUGUGAAAUCGUGGAUGGUUAGUCAUAGAUCUGCAGAAGACACUAGAACCAAAUUAUGUCGACCAGCUAUUGUUGCAAAUAGUGAAAACAAAUCAAACCUUUGGAAAAUACUUUAAACAAAUUUAAACAAAAAUAAAAAAGAUAAAUCUUAUUAUAUUAUUAAUUGUUAAAAUAAUUUAUUGUUUUUAAUUUAGUAUAUUGUAACACAUAAAUAAAAGUUGUAGUUCGAGCGAA